AUGGGUCAACAAGCUGGUCAUCAUCAAAAUUAUCCCGUUCCUUAUGAAGCACAAAUUUCACCACCAAUUAGCUUUGGUACUCAAGUACAUGUUGCUGGUACAGCACAUGGCGAUCAAUUUGAAGUCAACUUGGCUAAUCGUCGUGGUGAUAUCGUUUUACAUGUUAAUCCACGUUUAAGUGCUCAUCAAUUAAUAUUAAACUCUGCACCAGGUGGUGGUUGGGGUGCUGAAGAACGCGCACCAUUGAAUAUUCAACGCGGUCAACCUUUUAAUAUCAUAAUUAUGGUUACUCAACAAGGCUUCAAAAUCGCUGUUAAUAAUCAACAUACAGCUGAUUAUAACCAUCGAAUGCCUUUUAAUGCAGCUGAUUUAGUUACUAUUAAAGGUGAUAUACAAUUAUCAAAUGUUCAAAUCUAUCCAGGCAUGACUGGUCAACAUGGUCAACCAUGGCAAUUUGCUAUGGAAACUCCAGUACCAAUGAAUGUUUUUCCUGGUCGUGUUAUAACUAUUACUGGUCAAUCAGCACAUAAUGCAUCACGAUUUGAAUUUAAUUUAUUAGCAGGAAAUUAUAAUGGUGCUGAUGUUGCAUUUCAUUUCAAUCCAAGAUUUGAUCAACGUGAAGCUGUACGUAAUUCAUGUCAAGGUGGUGGUUGGGGUGCAGAAGAAAAACAAGGAGGAUUUCCAUUACAUCCCGGUCAACAAUUCGAAAUUCAAAUUGUUUGCUUUCCCGAACAUUAUCAAGUUAAUUGCAAUGGUCAACCAUGGUUUACAUUUCGACAUCGAUUACCAUUUCAAAACGUACAGGCUUUACAAGUCAAAGGCGAUGUUCACAUUACAAAUGUUUCUGCUAUGUAA